AUGAAGACCUUCGCUCUCCUCUUGGCAGCCGCGUCGGCGGUUAGCGCUCACUACACUCUGCCGACCAUCAACGGCGCCCCUGCUUGGAGCGCCGUCCGCCAGGCCAAGAACUGGCAGAACAACGGCUUCGUCGGCGACGUGACAAGCAGCGACAUCCGCUGCAACCAGCUCUACGCCGGGAACGAGACCGUGUCUGUAGCCGCGGGAUCCAGUGUCAAGGUCAACGUCAACCCCAACGCGUACCACCCCGGCCCUUUCCAGUCGUACCUUGCCAAGGUGCCCGAGGGCCAGGAUGUCAACAAGUGGGACCCCACGGGAGCAGUGUGGUUCAGGAUCUACGCUGAGCAGCCCAAGUUUGGAUCGCAGUUGACUUGGUUGAGUGCUGCCAACUAUGACAUCAAGAUCCCGUCCUGCAUUCCCGCAGGCAAGUAUCUCAUGCGCAACGAGCACAUUGGUCUGCACGUGGCCCAGAGCUCCGGCGGUGCGCAGUUCUAUCUUAGCUGCGCCCAGAUCGAGGUCACUGGUGGCGGGUCGAAGACGCCGACGAACCUGGCGGCUUUCCCGGGUGCGUACAAGGCGAGUGACCCGGGAAUUUUGAUCAACAUCAACUACCCCGUUCCUACGAGCUAUGUAAACCCUGGACCUGCUACUUUCACUUGCUAA